UCUGCGCCAGUCGUCAGGGGGUCGUGGUCCGCACUCGAGCGCUCACUGCCCUGGACCCAAUUACGCACAAACAUUUUUCAAACAUGGAGGUCGGCGCCGAGGCCAAGAGGAUAAUGGUCGUGGCUUUGGGGAAACUUUACAGCUCCCGCUCACAAAGAGGAGGUCUACGCUUGCACCGGAGUCUCCUGCUCACCCUGGUCAUGAAGAGCGCGCGGGACAUGUACCACGCGGCGGCCCAGGAGGAAGAGGAGUACAGCGGGGUCGCGCCAAGCUGCGAUCCGGCACAAACAGACCUCACCCCGGACCCAAACACAACCGCACAGACUGUCGAACCCGAGCACUUCGCGUCCGAGGAGGUCAGCGACGCCGUUACGCAGCCGGAACCCAUGGAACAAACACAACAGACUUCACAACAGACUUUUACGCACGGCCCAACGCAACACUCGAGGAAGCGGAGGGGCAAAAUAUCCGCGGUACCGGACUUUUUACCGCUCAAAAAGGCCAAACUGGAUUGCCCGACGCAGCUCGUAGUUUUGGUGGACUACGUGACGUGUAGUGACCUCGGGGCCGCCCCAUCCCCCAUUCCGGUUCCCAUGGCUAUAGCGGCGUGCUGAGAGAAAUACGCUAAAAAAAACCAGGGCAUUCGGUUAAUCGUUCUGGGACGUAAAACAAGACUGGUGUUUACGUGUUUGUGAUAAAAUACGUCCUUUUACGCGUCGGAUACGGCUACGUUUUUCUUUGAAACGAGCCGGGGACAGAUCAGAUCGCUGGUAAAUGGGACGGCACGCCAGCUGGUGCCUGUAUAAUGCCCUUAGUAACUUUUGGCCUACUUUUCCGGGUCACGUAAGAAGACUAUGACGGCAACACGUUAUGCUGGUUUCAGAUACACUGCCUUAACAAGGAAUGAACUCUCUGUAGAUUUUUAUAUGUGUGAAAUUUCUGAAGAAUUAUUUGGAAAUAUGCUGAUGAAUUCUAUGUCAAGUGGAGCUACCUCAGUAUAUUUAUUAUUAAAAAUCUUUUGUACCAGA